AUUAGAUACCUCAGCCGAGGGUUUAGCACAGUAAUGAGCUUCUCUGUUCAUUAGAAGCUAGGUGCAUCUAAGUUUUACUCUUAUUCUGAACUGCUGUACUUUUUUAUUCUUUGAGUGUAACAGAUUGGACUGCAAAUGUAUGUUUGAUGAUCUAUAGGUGUUAAUAGAGACUCUUCAAGCUGCAGGAGGUCAAAUCAGAUGGUGUUCAUGUAACAUUCACUCAACACAGAAUGCUGUAGCUUCAGCAAUUGCAGACGCAGGCAUUCCUGUCUAUGCAUGGAGGGAUCAGUCUGAACUAGACUUUUGGUGGUGUAUUGAGAAAUGUGUUUUCAGCGAUAAUUGGCAGGCUAAUCUUAUUUUAGAUGAUGGUGGAGAUGCGACUCAUGUCAUGUGUACAAAGUUUAGUGGGACAUUCAAAAUGAUAAGAGGAGUAGUGGAAGAGAGUGUCACUGGAGUUCAUAGGUUGUAUCAAAUGGCACAAGGUGGCAAGUUGUGUGUACCAGCAAUGAAUGUUCAUGAUUCGGUCACAAAGACCAAGUUUGACAACUUUUACUACUGCCGAGAGUCUAUCAUAGACAGCAUCAAACGCACGACAGGGAUUUUGUUUGGUGGGAAGCGGAUUCUUGUAUGUGGCUAUGGAGAGGUAGGCAAAGGAUGUUGUCAGUCUUUGAGAGGUCUUGGUACAAUAAUUUAUGUCACUGAAAUUGAUCCGAUAUGUGCUCUUCAAGCUUGUAUGAAUGGAUUCAGAGUUGUCCUCAUUGAGGAUGUUGUGGCUGAAGUGGACAUUUUGAUUACUGCAACUGGUAAUAGGAAUGUGGUUGUUUCAAAGCAUCUGGAUAGUCUGAAGAGUGGUUGUAUUGUGUGCAACAUGGGCCACACAGAUGGAGAAAUUGACGUGGAGUAUUUGAGGAAAAUGCAGUGGGAAAAGUUGGAACAUCAAGUGGAUCAAAUUAAAUUUCCAGAUGGCAAACACAUCAUCCUUCUUGCUGAGGGUCGAACAGUGAACUGGAGUUGUUCAAGUUUGCCUCCUCUUGUACUUAGUAUUUCAUCUGCAACACAGGCUUUGGCGCUGGUUGAGUUGUAUAAUGCUCCUUUGGGGAGGUACAAAGGAGACGUUUAUUUGCUACCUAAGAAGAUGGACGAACAUGUGGCUAGUCUUCACCUUGAUGAGUUUGAUGCUCGUCUUACAAGUUUGAAUGACGAGCAGGCUGCUUACUUGGGAAUAGCAAAAGCAGGUCCGUUUAAACCAACGUACUACAGGUAUUAAUGACAUCGUAACUGGACCAUUUAGUGUGUAGUAUCUUUUGACGAGUUUUUUACGUCGUAAUGUAUUGACUGUUUGUGAAAUCUACUAUUUUAAUUGAACAUAUUCUUAA